CCUCUUCCCGAACAUCUAUAAACGUCCGAAAUGCCUCAGCAAAUUAAGGAUAUCAAGCAGUUCCUUGAAAUUGCCCGCAGAAAGGAUGCCCAAUCUGCCCGCAUCAAGAAGAACUCUGACUGUGUCAAGUUCAAGGUCAGAUGCUCCAAGUAUCUUUACACCUUGGUUGUCAAGGAUAAGUCCAAGGCCCUCAAGCUUAGACAAUCUCUCCCUCCUGCUCUUGUUGUCAAAGAGAUCUAAAUGAGCUCCCUCUUUUUGGCCACUGAAAAAAAAAAAGUUUUUUUUUUUCUUUUAUCCACAUAAGAAAUUAGU